CGUCUCUCCCUACCUAUCACAUGAAUACUGAACUAAUCCCUGUUGGUGUGUGCAAGAGUAUCGAUAAGUUGAACAGGGAUUUCAUUUGGGGAGAAGAGGAGAACACAGCCAAGAUGCAUCUGGUAGCCUGAGAGAAGAUGAUACUCCCGAGGAGACAAGGUGGAGCUGGGCUGAGAUCCAUCAGACAGGCGAACCUGGCGAUGCUCGCCAAAGGAGGUUGGAGACUUCUCAAGGAGACGGACAGCUUAUGGUGCAGAGUUCUGCGCGAUAAAUACAGCAGGGAUCAAAGGGACUUAGGCAUCAUCCGCCCAAUUCAGGGAAGUUCUUUUACUUGGAGAACCAUAUCUAAGGCCGAUGAUUUGCUUCAUAGAGGUUGUGCGUGGAACAUUAAGAAUGGUAGACGCACUAAGUUCUGGUCCGAUGUUUGGAUUCUGCAGGUACCUCUCAAAGAUGUAGCGGUUGGGCAAAUUCCGGGGGAAAUGGAGGACGCCGUGGUGGCGGAUUUUGUGACUCAGGAGGGAGCUUGGCGUACCGACCUUUACUCGGACCUUCUUCCCCAGGAGGUCCAGAUGAAGAUCCUUAGCACAGCCGUGGACACUAUCUCGACAGAGAAUGACACUAUUUUCUGGAAUGCGGCCUCCGAUGGAAGAUUUUCGGCUAAAACAGCUUACAAUCUUCUUAACCAGCACGAUGCAGACCCAGACGAGAAAUAUUGGAAGAUCAUUUGGAGCUUACCGGUUCCGGAGCGCGUUAGGAGCUUCCUCUGGCUGACGUGUCUUGGUCGAAUUGCAACUAAUCAACUUCGUUUUUGCAGGAAAUCAGCUCCUAACCCGGAUUGUGUCCGCUGCCUGGGACAGCCUGAGAGCAUUCUCCAUGCGCUUUGGGAUUGCCCCCCAGCUCUUUUCUUCUGGAGAAGGCAUGUCCCUACUGCGAAACAGCAUUCCUUCUUCAGUGCAGAGCAGCGCGAUUGGCUGCGUGAGAAUCUUAGCAACUCAGAAGCAGGUCCUUCCGGGAUUCCGUGGGCUGCUUUCUUUGGGGUGGCAACCUGGUGUCUCUGGAAAAGUAGAUGUGAGGCUUGCUUCAAGGGCCUUGCGGCCGUCCUCUCUCCUCCUUCUUUGGCUCACUCCAUCAUUGCUAAAGCGAAACUUUGGCAUGAGGCUUGGCAUGCUCCGAUGGUUUUGCCUGGCAGCAGAUCUAGAACGGCUACUAGGGUGGUGCAGAAUGUUGGCUGGAAGCCCCCUCCUCAAGGUUGGUAUACUCUUAACGUUGAUGGUGCCUCUUGUGGUAAUCCAGGACCAGCUGGUACAGGGGGUUGCAUUCGAGACAGCUCCGGACGCUGGGUCUCUGGUUUUGUGGGCAAUAUAGGAACGGCGUCUGCUGCUCUUGCGGAAUUAUGGGCUGUCUUUCAUGGUCUCGAAGUUGCUUGGAACACCGGCUGUCGAACUUUGAAGAUGGAAUCAGGCUCGAGGCUAGCUAUUGAGCUUAUUAACAACCGUUUGGACCAGGUUCAUCCCUACUCCACUCUACUCUCAGCUAUUCGGAGGAAACUAAGCCAAGAUUGGCUGGUGAGCAUUCCGGGAAGGGAAUAGAGUCGCGGACUGGCUCUCGAAGCACAGUCUCGUCUAUCCCUACGGUAUGCAUGAGCUUGCGAACCCGCCCUAAGGCUUAGGAAGUAUUCUGCAAGAGGACAACAUGGGUAUCACUUUCGAGCGACGUGUAGUCGCGGACUUCUCCUCUCCUCCCAACCUCUCGGCGCCCCCCUUGUAAUCUCUUUCUUCGGCCUUCGGCCUCCUGUAAUGCAAAAAAAUAAAAUAAAAUAAUAAUGUGUAA